AUGUUGGUUGUUAUUCGACAUGGCGACGAUGAAAAGGUUUUAUUAAACGCUGACUGUAAAAUAUGUAUUUUUCUUUGUUGUUUAAGAAGAAAAUGUCACGUUUCAGAAAUACAUCAUAAUAUAGAUCUGGUCGAUGAAGAUGGCAACCUCCAAAACUUAAUCGAUAUGAUUCAGCAUUUACAGUGCAGUAAAUUCCUUAAAGAGCGUUCAACGUAUGUCUUAGUAAGUGUUAAAAAGCAAAGUAGACAGAAAAUUGUCGAGCCGUUGUUAUUAAAUUGGAUGCCGCAAACAAUCUUUGAAAUUCCCCGCGAGAAAGAACCAGCUUAUAAAGGAGGUCGCAGAAAAAGUAGUGUAAAGCUACCGAAGACUAGUGCCGUUCUCGUUUCUCUUCAAACGUUCAACGAAUGAGAACCUGUAGAUAGUUAUUUUUUUUUGGAAUUUUGUUUUUAACAUUUUGCCUUUGUUUAGUAUUUUAAUUUUCCCCUGCCUUGACGCUUAAGCCAUCUCCCAUCUUAAGCCUUAUUUUGCGUUCAUUUCCAUUCCACGUUUGAAGGGCAAAAACUCUAGAAUUAUAUGAUUGCAAAAUUUAAUUUUGUUAUUUCAAGAAUUCUAUGUUAGCCCUGAUGUAAAGAGGAUAAAGAUAUCCUCCUCCUCUUCUAAUCCUAGUUUUACAAGUAUAAAAAUCGCGAAAAAUGCCCCUUCCGUUAAAUGUCGUUAUUUUUAAAUCGCGAAAUUCUAAAAAAAUAUUUUGAUAAUUGCUUGAGACCACCUAUAUAAUUCAAAGUCAUGCAAAAACCUUUCCACCAAAAUAUCUUGAACAAUUUAUCUGAUUAUGUAUACGGUGUCAAAAUUAGCUGCUACUUUCACCCCCACUUCAGCUAUGGCUAUUAUAAAAGCAGCCAAUCUCGUUCCAAAGGCAUCUUGUAUCUUCUCUGACAACAAGACAGCGAUAGUUGCAUUACACAUUACGAUUUUUCUCCUAUUUUGGAUCUUAUCUUCCUAUAUUUUCUAGAUUAAGACGACAACUAAAUCGGCUAAAUUGUAUUCUAAAUCUAAAUUUGAAAAACUUUUAUAAAUCGAAAAAAGAUUCCUAUCUACUCAGCUCAUUUUGACUGUUACAAAAUAAGAGGAAGACCUAGAAUCGAAGUUGGUUGAGAAUUGCAAAUACGUUUGAGUCAUCAAAAAUAGGAAAUGGCUUAUAAUAUUAUUAGAUAAUGUCACGAUUAGUAAUUUUUAUUACAUACUUGUAGACAAAAAAUAAA